AUGGCACCCAAGUCGACUCUGAAUACGCCGACGAAGAAGUCGAGCUCCAGUUCGGGUCUUGGAACACCUUCGGGGCUGGAGAAGAAGUCUAAGCCGUUCGCUAACGAGUUCAUACUGAGGCCCUCAGUAACGAACAAGGGCUCGCUCAAGCAUUUGGCAUUUUUCGAGGUAUCACCUGCCGCAAUGCAGGGGCUUCAGUUGACCCCAAAAUCUUUCGUGCGACUCUCGCGGCUGGCAUCCAUGAAUGACGACCAUCUAGUAGGAAUGAUAAGGCCUAUAGAGACAGACGAAGCUAACGACUCGUUCCGCGACCGCAUAAUAUACGUUUCACCCAGCUUCUUAAAGUGGUGGAAUGCCCAAACCAGUGGAAACAAGUUAUGUUUCGGAGAAAGGCUCAAGAUCACACAAUUGGCGGAUCAUCUGAAGUUCGCGAAGCAUGCAAGCAUAUCACACGACGGAUCCAGAACUAACAAGGAAUUACUGAGACAAUUGAAUGAUAUUGGUGUAUUGUACCCUGGAAUGGUAUUAUCCAGUCAAGGUAUGAAGGUGGACCGGGUAUGGAGCUCGGAUCUAAGUAUCGAAGACCUGUCCUUAGAAGAAUCACUCGAAAAGACCCCAUGUAUUUUCAACGAGAAGCUCACCACAGUGUCGUAUACGGUGGAGGAGAUUAAAGACACAAAACUAGAGCUUGCUUUUGACCAAUUGGGAGGAAUAGCUCGUCAAUUGGAGCUACUCAAUAGCUCAAUUUCGAUACCAUUAUACUCACCAGAUAGCUUUGCGCAGUAUGGGAUAACACCUUCCAGAGGUCUGAUAAUCCAUGGACCCAGCGGUACGGGGAAAACCACCAUCCUAAAGGGCGUUUCCGAAUAUUUUGGAACUGAGAAUACCCAUGUGCUUAAAAUUGACUACGGGUCAAUCGUUUCGAAGUACUUAGGCGACACCGAGCUCAAACUGAAGGAGAUCUUCAAGGAAGCAAUGACGUUUCAGCCAAGUGUUGUCAUGAUUGAUGAACUAGAAACUUUAACCGGAGGAAACGAUGAUCGUGAUGGUGAACAGCAAGCUGACUUGUCGGUUCCACAACUGACGAGUACCCUGACCAUGAUUUUCGACUCGUUUCAUGACUCGGACCGUGUUGUGGUCGUCUCUGCCACGAACGAUCUCACCAAGGUAGACUCCAAAUUGCGUCGGAUGGGCAGGUUUGACAGAGAGGUUGAGAUCAGCAUUCCUGAUCAGCAGGCCCGGUUUGAAAUACUGCAAAUGCUGGUUGGCAGAAUGGGCAAGAUGUGCGAUCUGAAAUCCGAGGAGAUUGAGAUUCUCAGCAAUAAAACCCAUGGUUAUGUGGGCUCGGAUCUGGUGGGACUGUGCAGAGAGAGUGUUUUCAAUGUGAUCUCUCAUGAAGCAGGAAGACACGUCCAGAUGUCCGACUUUGAGGAAUCAUUGAAAACGAUCAAGCCAAGUGUGAUGAAGGACAUUUUCCUGGAGCUACCGAAGGUCAAAUGGAGUGACAUUGGUGGCCAGGAAGUUAUCAAGAGGAAGCUUCAAGAAAUGGUUGCACUCCCGUUGAUAGCUACCGAUACGUUUUCGAGGCUCGGGAUCAAAGCCCCAAGAGGAAUGCUUCUCUACGGCCCUCCUGGUUGUUCCAAAACGUUGAUAGCAAAGGCACUGGCACAUGAGUCUGGACUCAACUUUCUGGCAGUCAAGGGUCCAGAAAUUUUCAACAAGUAUGUUGGUGAGAGUGAGAGAACGAUACGAGAGAUUUUCAGAAAGGCCAAGAAUGCUUCACCAUCGAUUAUCUUCUUUGACGAAAUAGAUGCAUUGGCCAGUACGAGAGAUGAUGGUGCCAGUGGUUCCCAUAACAACGUUCUCACCUCUUUGUUGAACGAGAUUGACGGUGUGGAAGAGCUAAAAGGAGUGAUGAUCCUCGGAGCUACGAAUCGCCCAACAGCAAUAGAUCCGGCUCUUCUGAGACCAGGGAGACUGGACAGACAUCUCUACGUUGCGCCGCCAGACCGCAGUGCCAGACUCAAGAUUUUAGAGAACCAAUGCCGUAGCUUCCAGAUGACACAGGAAUCUUUGGAACGAUUGGCUGACCAGACAGAAGGGUGUUCUGGUGCCGAAGUGGUUCUACUGUGUCAGGAGGCUGGACUGGGUGCAAUAAUGGAGGACAAUCAUUGCGAUAAGGUCGACGUUGGGCACUUUCAGAAGGCCUUACAAGAUUUGCAAAGGGGAAUAACACAAGAUAUGUUGGAAUACUACGAGGAUUUUGAGAAGCAGAGUUUGGGACAGUGA